UUACUCGCAGCACUAUAUCAGCAAGUGCAGUCGGAGCGCAGAGGGACAAUCACGCCAUCCUCUCGUACGGAUAACUUCAGACUUUGACAUUUUCUCCAGGCAUCGGAGUCUCGUUACCAAAGGCUACAUUUAAAAGUCUAGCAGCACCAAAACACACCACAAGGAUUGUCACUGUCGCUGUGUCCCAAAAGCGGUAAUAACAAAAACGUGGCAAGAUGAGCUUGAACGUGAAUGACUUCAAUGACAUUUUGGAUGCACUGGGUGAACUGAACUUCUCAACUCUUGACGAUAAUGUCUCCCAUGUGGAAGUGUGUCACAGCGCCUUUAGCCAGAGGGCUUUGCUCUACGCUCUCUCCGUGCUCUACAUCUUCCUCUUCAUCAUCGGCCUCGCCGCCAAUGCUGUGGUGGUGUGGGUGAAUGUGCGAGCUGAGGGGAAACGUUACGAGACUCACCUGUACAUCCUCAACCUAGCCAUCGCUGACCUCUGCGUGGUGGCCACUCUUCCGGUCUACGUUAGUUCUCUGCUUCAACUCGGCCACUGGCCAUUUGGUGAUGCCAUGUGCAAAAUUACACACCUGAUCUUCAGUGUCAACCUCUUCAGCAGUAUCUUCUUCCUUACGUGCAUGAGUGUGGACCGCUACCUGUCCGUGAAACUUUUUGGAGAAGGUCCCAGUCAGAAGAAGAGAAGGACCAGGCAGCUAAUCUGUGUGGGCAUUUGGCUGCUGGCACUCUUUGCCGCCCUCCCUGAAACAUACUUCCUUCAGGCUGAGAAGUCCAGCCAUUCAGACAGCAUCGUAUGUAAGUCUGUGUACCCCGUGGACAGCACUAAGGAGUGGACAGUUGGCAUCCAAUUGAGUUUCUUCAUGCUCGGCUUUGCCAUUCCCUUCCCUAUCAUUGCCGUGUUCUACAUCCUCCUGGCCGGUACCAUCCAACCCUCAGCUGACCAGGAGCGUCGCGUCAGCCGUCGCCUCAUCUUCACCUACAUUGUGGUCUUUCUAGUGUGUUGGCUGCCCUACCAUGGAGCUCUACUGCUUGACACACUAGCCUUUCUCAACGUGCUCCCCUUCAACUGCACUCUGGAGAACGUUCUCUAUGCAGCGCUGCAUCUCACUCAGUGGUUCUCCCUCCUUCACUGCUGCGUGAACCCCAUCAUCUACAACUUCAUCAACAAGAACUACCGCUACGACCUCAUGAAGGCCUUCAUCUUCAAGUACUCUACCAAAACUGGCCUCGCUAGGCUUAUCGAUGCCUCACAUGUUUCUGAGACAGAAUACUCUGCUGUGGAGAACCAGGGACCGUUAUGAACAUGUUAUGAUGGUGUUGACCAUCAACACCAGCCCUGCAAAGCUCAGAGAUAGAGAGAGAAAACAGUCAUGGAAAUCUCUCUGGAUGUUUUGCUUUUGAGGCAUGGCCAAAUUCGAUGCUUUGUCAAAUAGUGGAACAGCUUUGUACAUGUACAGUUUGCUUACACUCUAAAAAAUGCUGGGUAAAAACAACCCAAGUUGGGUUGAAAAUGGGCAAACAACCCAAUCACUGGGUUUGUCCAUUUUCAACCUAACUUGGGUUGUUUUUAACCCAGCAUUUUUCCCUGACAGCAACAUUGUGUCGGCCCAGAUCCGGCCCACAUCUGGUCCGUGCGUAAUCCACAUGUACCAGAUGUGGGCCACACUAUGUUGCUGUCUGGGUUUAGAGUGUAUCUUUAUAAACAGAUGAAUGUUUAUGCUUUUUGUACAUUAUUAUGACAGUUAUAGAUGUAUUGAGAAAGCACUUGUAUUGAUUUGAUUUGUAAGUCUAGCUAGGCUUUUGUGUCAGUGAAAUUGGUGGAAAAGGUCCCUUCCUGUCCUGGAGCCACAGAAAGACUCGUAUAAUCCGUUCUCCACUUAUCUGUGGCUUUCCUACAUCUGCCGGAAGGACUCCAAGAUCAUGUUUUCAUACACAACGUGUUAUGUCUGGUAAAAUGGAGGGGAAUGUUGAAAACCCAAACAAUAGAGUGGAGAUAAGCAAGUCCAAAUCAAGUGAUAAUGUAUAUUGAUGUCAUGCUGUUUGUUAUGCUUGUGGGAAAUGAUACACUUUUUAGCUAAGUUGUACAUUUCUAGAACAAUGCUUGCUGCAUUUGUAAAUGUUUUGUAAAUAAAAUUAUAUUUAUAUACUCAUUUUGUAUGUUCAGUGUUUAGAAAUAUUGUCUGACAUAAAAAUGUGCCAUUGAAAUAAAAUUUGUAUCAAUCUUUUGGAA